AUCAGGGAAGACCCGCGCUUUCUGAUUGUAGUGAGUUCCCUCUGACUUUGUUUCGAUUUCAUUCGAUUCGUCAAAAACAAAAAAAAAAAAAAAAAGAUAGGAAAAGACAGGUGGCCGCUUCAACUCUUCUCUCUCUUUUCUGCCUUUAGUCUCACUUCUUCGCUUAAAAAGUUAGAUCCUCUGUGCUCACCGCUCGUCUGUCUCUGCUCUCUCCUCUUCUCUUCUCUGCUCCUUACCCAAAAUCAAAGCAAAAAGGGAAAAGAAUGGAAAAAAAAAAAUAAUUUAAAGGAAUAAUACCAAAAAAAAAUUCUUAAAAUGAAGCGCGUUUUUGACGAAGUCUCGGACGAAGAAUGGGAGAACCACUCUUUCAAGCCCUCUCGUGUUUUAAAGAAAAACCCUAGCCCUCCUCCAAUUGAAUCUUUCGCCUUCAAUUCCCGAACGGAGUCUAGUUUUUCCGACCAAAGCAGCGACGAUUGCGUCGAAGUCGAACAAUUGGAGGACGACGAUGUUGAGCCCGAGGACGCCGGGCGGGUCAAUCGUGCCCGUCGAUUCGUGGUUGACGACGACGACGAAGAAGAAGAAGAUGAUGGAAAGGACGGCGAUGAAAAUGGUUGUGAGGAGGUGUUUGAUGUUGAGUCAAGCGAAGAGGAGGAAUUGCAAGAGGAUGACGUGGUAGGGAAAGCGUUGCAGAAGUGCUCUAAAAUAUCGGCGGAGCUUCGGAAGGAGCUCUACGGGAGUUCCGGUGCUUCUUGUGAACGAUACGCCGAAGUAGAAGCUCCUUCUGUGAGAAUCGUUACACAGUAUGAUAUUGAUAUAGCAUGUGGGGCAGUCGAUUCGGAUUUUCAGCCAGUUCUCAAGCCAUACCAACUGGUUGGUGUAAACUUUCUUCUUCUGUUGCAUCGUAAGGGUAUUGGAGGAGCUAUUUUGGCAGAUGAAAUGGGUCUUGGGAAAACCAUUCAGGCUAUUACAUAUCUAACUUUGCUCAAACAUUUGAAUAAUGAUCCUGGUCCCCAUAUAAUAGUUUGUCCUGCCUCAGUCUUGGAAAACUGGGAAAGAGAACUUAAGAAGUGGUGUCCAUCAUUUUCUGUACUUCAGUAUCAUGGUGCUGGCAGAGCAGCUUACUCGAAGGAGUUGAGCUAUUUGUCCAAAGCUGGAUUACCACCUCCGUUUAAUGUUCUUCUGGUGUGUUAUUCACUUUUUGAACGACACAGUGUGCAGCAGAAGGAUGAUCGUAAAAUUCUCAAACGUUGGCGUUGGAGCUGUGUGAUAAUGGAUGAGGCCCAUGCUUUGAAGGACAAAAACAGCUAUAGGUGGAAAAAUCUAAUGUCAGUUGCUCGAAAUGCAAACCAGCGUCUUAUGCUAACAGGCACACCACUGCAAAAUGAUUUACAUGAGCUGUGGUCAUUGUUAGAGUUCAUGAUGCCUGAUCUUUUUGCCACUGAGGAUGUAGACUUGAAGAAGCUGCUAAAUGCAGAAGAUAGGGAGUUGAUUGGUCGUAUGAAGUCCAUGUUGGGACCUUUCAUCUUGAGGCGUUUGAAAUCAGAUGUGAUGCAGCAACUUGUCCCAAAGAUACAACGGGUUGAAUAUGUAACUAUGGAAAAGCAACAAGAAGAUGCUUAUAGGGAAUCCAUAGAGGAGUAUCGUACAAUUUCACGAGCACGCAUUGCAAAACUUUCAGACUUGCAUAAUAUUGUUGGAAUUCUUCCUCGACGUCAGAUCUCGAACUAUUUUAUUCAGUUUCGCAAGAUUGCAAAUCAUCCAUUAUUGGUGAGGCGAAUUUAUGAUGAAGAGGAUGUUGUUCGCUUUGCUAAAAGGUUACAUUCAAUUGGUGUUUUCGAAUGUACCUUGGACAGAGUAAUCGAGGAACUAAAGAACUACAAUGACUUCUCUAUUCAUCGGCUUUUGCUUCAUUAUGGAAUUACUGGUGGUAAAGGAACUCUUUCGGAUGAACAUGUUAUGCUUUCAGCUAAAUGCCGGGCAUUAGCAGAGCUUCUCCCUUCACUCAAGAAAAGUGGGCAUCGGGUUCUGAUUUUUAGCCAGUGGACUUCGAUGCUUGAUAUCUUAGAGUGGACUUUAGAUGUUAUUGGGGUUACAUAUAGACGGCUUGAUGGAAGUACUCAGGUGACUGAUAGGCAGACCAUAGUCGAUGAUUUCAAUAAUGACACUUCUAUAUUUGCAUGCUUGUUGUCUACGAGAGCUGGAGGGCAGGGUUUGAACUUGACAGGAGCAGAUACUGUAGUUAUUCAUGACAUGGAUUUUAAUCCACAGAUUGACAGACAGGCUGAAGAUCGCUGCCAUCGCAUUGGCCAAACAAGGCCUGUUACCAUAUACAGGCUGGUUACGAAAGGGACGGUUGAUGAGAAUGUUUAUGAGAUUGCAAAAAGGAAGUUGACUCUGGAUGCUGCAGUGCUGGAGUCUGGCAUGGAUGUAGACAAUGACAGUGAUACAUGCGAAAAAACAAUGGGACAGAUACUGUCGUCCCUACUGAUGAGCUAGUACAAGAGUGCUGACUGCUGCCAAUGGAUUUUGGGGUGGUGGCUGAGGAUAAACGAUCAGGUGAAUCAUCCACGUCGAGACUCAAGUCGGUAAAUUUUUGCUGCUGUUUUUGGGAUUGGUCGCCAAGGAGAAAGGGAAAAUGAAUAUCCUUCAGGUCCCUAGCCCGUAGGGCACAGCGACUUCUCGAUUAGGCUCCAAUGGUGAGCAAUUAGGAAAGCCAAUUAUGCAUCCAUCCUUAUGGAUCUCUCUCAAGUAAGAAUGUUUUGUUUUGUUUUGUUUUUUGUUUUUAUGGUACAUGUAAAACUUGAUAGGUCCUGGACUCUUUUCAUUUCAUCCUAGAUUUAAAGUUUAUAAAUUCCAA